AACGCGUGCAGACGCCGUUUCCAGAGGGCCGCUCCGGGCAACUUCUUAGCCAGAGUGGCCCGUCGGUCGGCUUAGGGAGGAGAGGGUCAGCGUGGCGAGGUUUUGCCUGCACAAUGUCCAGCAAAGCUGAGAAGAAGCAGCGAUCAAGUGGCCAAGGAAGCGUCCAGGCAAACCAGUCAGGGCCGGCUGAACAGGCUGCUGUGGCCACACAGGAGCAGGGGAACGCCCUGGCUGUCAGUGAGCGGGAGCCCCAGGCUGAGCUCUCCAAGGAGGAGCCUGAGCCACGGUUGGAGGGACCUCAAACACAGAGUGAAGAAUCCGUGGAACCUGAGGCAGAUGUGAAGCCCCUCUUUCUCUCCCGAGCUGUGCUCACGGGACUGGUGGAUGCCGUGUGGACACAGGAGCAUGAUGCCGUUCUGCAACACUUUGCCCAGGACCCUAAAGAAUCCAUCCUCACCAUCUUCAUUGACCCUUGUUUUGGGCUGAAGCUAGAGCUGGGCAUGCCUGUACAGACCCAGAAACAGCUUGUCUACUUCAUUCGCCAAGUACCGGUCCCCAUCACCCCGGAAAACUUUGAGGCAACUGUGCAGUUUGGGACAGUGCGGGGCCCCUAUAUCCCAGCCCUGCUUCGGCUGCUCAGUGGAGUCUUUGCCCCUCAGAUCUUUGCAAAUACAGCUUGGCCUGAGAGCAUUCGAAAUCAUUUUGCUUCUCAUCUGCAUAGGUUCUUGGCCUGCCUGACAGACACUCGGUACAAACUGGAGGGGCACACGGUCCUCUACAUCCCUGCAGAGGCCAUGAACAUGAAGCCUGAGGUGGUGGUAAAGGACAAAGAGCUGGUACAGCGGCUAGAGACCUCCAUGAUCCACUGGACCCGGCAGAUAAAGGAGGUGCUCAGUGCCCAGGAGACCGUGGAGACAGGAGAAAAUUUAGGUCCUUUGGAGGAGAUUGAGUUCUGGCGCAACCGAUGCAUGGACUUGUCUGGCAUCAGUAAACAGCUGGUGAAGAAGGGAGUGAAGCACAUUCAGUCCAUCCUGCACCUUGCCAAGUCAUCCUACUUGGCACCCUUUGUGAAACUGGCACAGCAGAUUCAGGAUGGUUCUCGCCAAGCACAGUCGAACCUGACCUUUCUGUCAAUCCUGAAGGAACCUUACCAGGAGUUGGCUUUCAUGAAGCCCAAGGACAUCUCUAGCAAGCUCCCUAAGCUGAUCAGUCUCAUUCGAAUCAUCUGGGUCAACUCUCCCCACUACAACACUCGGGAGAGACUGACCUCGCUCUUCCGAAAGAUGAGCAAUGAGAUCAUCCGCUUAUGCUGCCAUGCCAUCUCCCUGGACCGGAUCUUUGAGGGAUAUGUCUCCUCCAGCAAGGCGGACCUGCAAGGCUGCAUUUUCUGUUGUCAUGCUUGGAAGGAUCACUACCUACAGGCUGUGCAGAUGCACACCGAGUUCUCCAGUCGGGGCUGGGUCCUAGACCAGACCAGCAUCUUUGCUCAGGUUGACGCCUUUGUGCAGCGCUGCAAGGACCUUAUUGAGGUAUGUGACUGUCAGUAUCACUUCGCCCGCUGGGAAGAUGGCAAGCAGGGUCCCCUUCCUUGCUUCUUUGGUGCCCAGGGGCCACAGAUCACACGGAACUUGCUGGAGAUUGAGGACAUCUUUCAUAAAAAUCUGCAAAUGCUGCGGGUCGCUCGCGGGGGCAUCCUGGAUGUCAAGAACACCUCUUGGCAUGAGGACUACAAUAAGUUCCGUGCCGGAAUGAAGGACCUGGAGGUGAUGACCCAGAACUUGAUCACCUCGGCCUUCGAGUUGGUGCGGGACGUGGAGCACGGCGUGCUCCUGCUGGACACCUUCCACAGGCUGGCUGCCCGAGAGGCUAUCAAGCGGACUUAUGACAAGAAGGCGGUGGAUCUCUAUAUGCUGUUCAAUAGUGAGCUGUCCCUGGUGAACCGUGAAAGGAACAAGAAGUGGCCAUACCUGGAGCCCUACAUGGCCCAGUAUUCUGGACAGGCACGCUGGGUGCACAUCCUCCGGCGUCGCGUCAACAGAGUCAUGACCUGCCUUGCUGGUGCUCAUUUCCUGCCCCAUAUUGGGACUGGAGAGGAGAGUGUGCACACCUAUCAGCAGAUGGUCCAGGCCAUUGACGAACUGAUUCGAAAAACCUUCCAAGAGUGGACGUCAACGCUGGACAAGGACUGCAUUCGGCGGCUGGAUACCCCACUGUUGCGAAUCAGCCAAGAGAAGGCAGGCAUGCUGGAUGUCAACUUUGACAAGUCCCUUCUGAUUCUCUUUGUGGAGAUUGACUACUGGGAGCGGCUGCUGUUUGAGACGCCCCAUUACGUGGUGAACGUAGCUGAGCGAGCCGAGGACCUGCGCAUUCUGCGUGAAAAUCUGCUACUUGUUGCUAGAGACUACAAUAGGAUUAUUGCCAUGCUGUCCCCAGAUGAGCAGGCCCUAUUCAAAGAGCGUAUUCGGUUCUUGGAUAAGAAGAUCCACCCUGGACUCAAGAAACUACAUUGGGCCUUGAAGGGGGCCAGUGCCUUCUUCAUCACGGAGUGCCGGAUACAUGCCAGCAAGGUUCAGAUGAUUGUGAAUGAGUUCAAGGCAUCCACUCUGACCAUUGGCUGGCGAGCCCAAGAGAUGUCAGAGACAUUGCUGGUACGCAUUAGUGGCAAACGGGUAUACAGGGACCUGGAAUUUGAAGAGGACCAAAGACAGCAUCGGGUAGCUGUACAGCAGAAAUUGAUGAGUCUGCACCACGAUGUGGUGACCAUCAUGACCAACUCCUACGAGGUCUUCAAGAAUGAUGGUCCUGAGAUUCAACAGCAGUGGAUGCUGUACAUGAUUCGGUUGGACCACAUGAUGGAGGAUGCCCUGCGCCUGAAUGUGAAAUGGUCACUGCUAGAACUAUCCAAGGCUAUCAACGGGGAUGGAAAGACCAGCCCAAACCCACUCUUCCGAGUCCUUGUCAUUUUGAAGAAUGAUAUGCAGGGAGGUGUGGCACAGGUGGAGUUCUCACCCACUCUGCAGACUUUGGCAGGUGUGGUCAACGACAUUGGCAGCCACCUCUUUUCUACCAUCUCCGUUUUUCGCCAUCUCCCUGAAAUUCUCAGCAAGCGCAGGUUACGUCGUGAAUCCAUCCAAACAAUUGUGGAGCAAGAUGAGGACAUCAAGAAGAUCCAGACCCAAAUCAGCAGCGGCAUGACUAACAACGCGAGCCUGCUGCAGAACUACCUGAAGACCUGGGACAUGUACCGGGAGAUCUGGGAGAUCAACAAGGACUCUUUCAUUCGUCGCUACCAGCGCCUCAACCCGCCUGUCUCUUCUUUUGAUGCCGACAUUGCCCGCUACACAGAAGUUGCUAACAACGUGCAGAAGGAGGAGACUGUCACCAACAUCCAGUUUGUGCUGCUGGACUGCUCGCACCUCAAGUUCUCCCUGGUGCAGCACUGCAAUGAGUGGCAGAACAAGUUCACGACUCUGCUCAAGGAGAUGGCGGCGGGGCGUCUCCUGGAGCUGCACACUUACCUGAAGGAGAAUGCAGAGAAAAUCAGCCGCCCUCCGCAGACGCUGGAGGAACUGGGGGUCAGCUUGCAGCUCAUGGAUACCCUGCAGCAUGACUUGCCCAACCUGGAGACUCAGAUCCCUCCCAUACACGAGCAAUUUGCCAUUCUCGAAAAGUACGAGGUGCCGGUCCAGGACAGUGUACUGGAGAUGCUAGACAGUCUCAAUGGGGAGUGGGUUGUCUUCCAACAAACCCUGCUGGACAGUGAGCAAAUGCUGAGGAAAUACAAGGAGAAAUUCAAGACAGGCCUGAUCCACUCAGCAGAUGAUUUCAAGAAGAAAGCACACACGCUUCUGGAAGAUUUCGAAUUCAAAGGCCCUUUCACCAGCAACGUGGGACACAUGUCCGCCCUAGAGCAGAUCACACAAGUGCGGGCCGUGUUGAUGGCCAUGCGGGAAGAGGAAAACAGCCUCCGAGCCAACCUGGGCCUCUUCAAGAUCGAGCAGCCACCCUCUAAGGACCUUCAGAACCUAGAGAAGGAGCUCGAUGCCCUCCAGCAGGUCUGGGAGAUCACACGCGACUGGGAGGAGAACUGGAACCAGUGGAAGACUGGCCGCUUCCUGACCCUGCAGACGGAGACCAUGGAGACCACGGCCCAUGGGCUGUUUCGUCGCCUCACAAGAUUAGCCAAAGAGUAUAAGGACCGGAACUGGGAAAUUAUUGAAACCACUCGCUCGAAAAUAGAGCAGUUCAAGAGGACCAUGCCUCUCAUCUCAGACCUGUGGAACCCUGCCCUUAGAGAGAGGCACUGGGACCAGGUCAGGGAUGAGAUCCAGCGGGAGUUUGAUCAGGAAUCUGAAAGCUUCACCUUGGAGCAGAUUGUGGAGCUUGGGAUGGAUCAGCAUGUGGAGAAAAUUGGAGAGAUCUCUGCUUCGGCAACUAAAGAGCUGGCUAUCGAAGUGGCAUUACAAAACAUUGCCAAGACCUGGGAUGUGACUCAGCUAGACAUAGUACCUUACAAGGAUAAAGGCCAUCAUCGGCUCAGAGGUACAGAAGAAGUAUUCCAGGCACUGGAAGAUAACCAGGUAGCUCUGUCUACCAUGAAGGCAUCUCGUUUUGUCAAGGCCUUUGAGAAGGAGGUGGACCACUGGGAACGCUGCCUCUCCCUCAUUUUGGAAGUUAUUGAGAUGAUUCUCACAGUGCAGCGUCAGUGGAUGUACUUAGAGAAUAUCUUCUUAGGAGAGGACAUCCGCAAGCAGCUGCCCCAUGAAUCAGCCUUAUUUGACCAGGUCAACAGCAACUGGAAAACCAUCAUGGACCGGAUGAGCAAGGACAACAAUGCUCUCCGGAGCACCCAUCACCCAGGCCUCCUGGACAUGUUGAUACAGAUGAACACGACCCUGGAAGAUAUUCAGAAGUCUCUGGAUAUGUACUUAGAGACCAAGCGACAUAUUUUCCCCCGCUUCUACUUCUUGUCCAACGAUGACCUGCUGGAGAUUCUGGGCCAGUCCCGAAACCCAGAGGCCGUGCAGCCACACCUCAAAAAAUGCUUUGACAACAUCAAGUUGCUGAGAAUCCAGAAGGUUGGAGGGCCCAGCAGCAAAUGGGAAGCUGUGGGAAUGUUCUCAGGUGACGGCGAGUACAUUGACUUCCUCCACUCGGUGCUCUUAGAAGGGCCCGUGGAGUCCUGGCUCGGCGAUGUGGAACGGACCAUGAGGGUGACCCUGCGGGACCUUCUCCGGAACUGCCGCCUGGCCCUCAAGAAGUUCCUUAACAAGAGGGACAAGUGGGUGAAGGAGUGGGCUGGCCAGGUGGUAAUCACUGCCAGUCAGAUCCAGUGGACAGCUGAUGUCACCAAGUGCCUGCUGACAGCAAAGGAGCGGGGAGACAAGAAAAUCCUCAAGGUCGUGAAGAAGAAGCAGGUGUCAAUCCUGAAUAAAUAUUCAGAAGCCAUCAGGGGGAAUUUGACCAAGAUCAUGCGGCUUAAAAUUGUGGCUCUGGUGACGAUAGAAAUUCAUGCCCGGGAUGUGUUGGAGAAGCUCUACAAGAGUGGCCUCAUGGAUGUCAAUUCCUUUGACUGGCUCAGCCAACUUCGGUUCUACUGGGAGAAGGAUCUCGAUGACUGUAUGAUCCGACAGACCAACACACAAUUUCAGUAUAGCUAUGAGUACUUGGGUAACUCGGGCCGGCUUGUCAUCACCCCGCUGACGGACAGGUGUUACAUGACACUGACCACGGCAUUGCACCUGCACCGGGGGGGCUCCCCCAAAGGCCCGGCAGGCACAGGAAAGACGGAGACUGUCAAGGACCUGGGCAAGGCCAUGGGCAUAUAUGUCAUUGUGGUCAACUGCUCUGAGGGCCUGGACUACAAAUCCAUGGGCCGAAUGUACUCAGGUCUGGCCCAGACUGGAGCCUGGGGCUGCUUUGAUGAGUUUAACCGCAUCAAUGUUGAGGUGCUGUCGGUGGUGGCCCAGCAGAUCCUGUCCAUCCUAUCCGCCUUGGCUGCCGGCCUCACCCGUUUCCAUUUUGAGGGCUUCGAAAUCAAUCUGGUGUGGUCCUGUGGGAUCUUCAUUACCAUGAAUCCUGGCUAUGCUGGCCGCACAGAGCUUCCUGAAAAUCUUAAAUCCAUGUUCCGUCCAAUUGCCAUGGUGGUGCCUGACUCCACCCUCAUUGCAGAAAUCAUUCUUUUUGGAGAGGGCUUUGGCAACUGCAAGAUUCUGGCCAAGAAGGUGUAUACACUCUACUCACUGGCCGUGCAGCAGCUCUCCAGACAGGACCACUAUGACUUUGGCCUGCGUGCCCUCACCUCCCUUCUGCGCUACGCUGGCAAGAAGCGCCGCCUACAACCAGAUCUGACUGAUGAAGAGGUUCUGCUGCUCUCAAUGAGAGAUAUGAACAUUGCCAAGCUCACUUCAGUGGACGUGCCCCUGUUCAAUGCUAUUGUGCAAGACCUAUUUCCCAACAUUGAGCUGCCUGUAAUUGACUAUGGCAAGCUGCGGGAGACCGUUGAGCAGGAGAUUCGAGACAUGGGCCUGCAAAACACUCCGUUCACCCUCACCAAGGUUUUCCAGCUGUACGAAACCAAGAACUCCCGCCACUCCACCAUGAUUGUGGGCUGCACGGGCAGUGGCAAGACUGCCUCAUGGCGCAUCCUGCAGGCCUCCCUGUCCUGCCUGUGUCGUGCUGGAGACCCUAACUUCAACAUUGUUAGAGAGUUCCCUUUGAACCCCAAGGCAUUGUCCCUAGGGGAACUCUAUGGGGAAUACGACCUCAACACCAAUGAAUGGACAGAUGGCAUCUUGUCCAGCGUCAUGCGGACAGCAUGUGCAGAUGAGAAACCCGAUGAGAAGUGGAUCCUGUUCGAUGGCCCUGUGGACACACUGUGGAUCGAGAGCAUGAACUCCGUCAUGGAUGAUAACAAGGUGUUGACCCUCAUCAACGGCGAGCGCAUCUCGAUGCCCGAGCAGGUAUCUCUCCUCUUCGAAGUGGAGAACCUGGCAGUGGCCUCUCCGGCCACCGUGUCCCGCUGCGGGAUGGUCUACACUGACUAUGUCGACCUGGGCUGGAAGCCCUAUGUUCAGUCGUGGCUGGAGAAGAGGCCAAAGACUGAGGUGGAGCCCCUGCAACGCAUGUUUGAGAAAUUCAUCAACAAGAUGCUGGCCUUUAAGAGGGACAACUGCAAAGAGCUGGUGCCCCUGCCCGAGUACAGUGGUAUCAUCUCCCUCUGCAAGCUGUAUUCGGCCCUGGCCACGCCAGAGAACGGGGUGAAUCCAGCUGACAGCGAGAACUAUGUCACCAUGGUAGAGAUGACAUUUGUGUUCAGCAUGAUCUGGUCUGUGUGUGCCUCUGUGGAUGAGGAGGGCCGCAAGAAGAUUGACAGCUACCUCCGAGAAAUCGAGGGCUCCUUUCCCAAUAAGGACACGGUAUACGAGUAUUUUGUGGACCCUAAAAUGCGGAACUGGACAUCAUUUGAGGAAAAGCUCCCUAAGAGUUGGCGCUACCCUCCAAACGCCCCCUUCUAUAAGAUCAUGGUGCCCACUGUCGACACUGUUCGCUACAACUACCUGGUGAGCACCUUGGUGGCCAACCAGAAUCCCGUUCUGCUGGUGGGUCCUGUGGGGACCGGGAAGACCUCCAUCGCCCAGAGCGUUCUGCAGUCCCUGCCCUCCAGCCAGUGGUCGGUGCUGAUUGUCAACAUGUCUGCACAGACCACAUCCAAUAACGUGCAGAGCAUCAUUGAGAGCAGGGUUGAGAAGAGAACCAAGGGUGUCUACGUGCCAUUCGGGGGCAAAAGCAUGAUCACCUUUAUGGAUGACCUAAAUAUGCCUGCUAAGGACAUGUUUGGGUCCCAGCCACCCCUGGAGCUGAUUCGCCUCUGGAUUGACUAUGGCUUCUGGUAUGACCGUGCAAAGCAGACCAUCAAGUACAUUCGAGUAAGCCUCCCAAGAGUUUGUUCUUCAGGCCUCUGCUCCCUGUGGGAUAAGCUCAGUCCCCACUCUACUGGGACCCCAGGCUAUGGUCCUUUCAUCCUAUAUUCUUUUCCACACAGGAGUGAGUCCCAGAUCAUCCGCAUAUUCGGCACCAUGAUCAAUCAGAAGCUUCAGGACUUUGAGGAAGAGGUGAAGCCCAUUGGGAACGUGGUGACGGAGGCUACCCUGGACAUGUACAACACCGUGGUACAGCGCUUCCUGCCCACACCCACCAAGAUCCAUUACCUCUUCAACCUUCGAGACAUCUCCAAGGUGUUCCAGGGAAUGCUUAGAGCCAACAAGGACUUCCACGAUACCAAGUCCAGCAUCACACGGCUCUGGAUCCAUGAAUGUUUCAGAGUCUUCUCCGACCGGCUGGUUGAUGUGGCAGACACAGAAGCAUUCAUGGCCAUCAUAAGUGACAAGCUCGGCUCCUUCUUUGACCUCACGUUCCACCAUCUCUGUCCCAGCAAGCGUCCUCCUAUCUUUGGGGAUUUCCUGAAAGAGCCCAAGGUAUAUGAAGACCUAACGGAUCUGACAGUGCUGAAAUCAGCCAUGGAGACAGCUCUGAAUGAGUAUAACCUGUUACCCUCCGUCGUGCCCAUGCAGCUAGUGCUCUUCCGAGAGGCUAUUGAACACAUCACACGGAUCGUGCGGGUCAUUGGACAGCCUCGGGGCAACAUGCUCCUGGUGGGCAUCGGCGGCAGUGGGCGCCAGAGUCUGGCUCGCCUGGCCUCAUCCAUCUGCGAGUAUACCACCUUCCAGAUAGAGGUCACCAAACAUUAUCGGAAGCAGGAGUUCCGAGACGAUAUCAAGCGUCUGUAUCGCCAGGCUGGGGUGGAGCUCAAGACCACGUCUUUCCUUUUUGUGGACACCCAGAUAGCUGAUGAGUCUUUCCUAGAGGACAUCAACAACAUCCUCAGCUCAGGCGAGGUGCCCAAUCUCUACAAGACUGACGAAUUUGAAGAGAUCCAGUCGCACAUCAUAGACCAGGCCCGGGCGGAGCAGGUGCCGGAGUCGUCGGACAGCCUCUUCGCCUACCUCAUCGAGCGCGUGCGCAGCAACCUGCACAUUGUGCUCUGCCUCAGCCCCGUGGGCGACCCCUUCAGGAACUGGAUCCGCCAGUACCCAGCCUUGGUGAACUGCACAACCAUCAACUGGUUCUCAGAGUGGCCCCAAGAGGCCCUGCUUGAGGUGGCCGAGAAGUACCUCAUAGGAGUAGACCUGGGCACGCAGGAGAAUAUCCACAGGAAGGUGGCCCAGAUCUUUGUCACUAUGCACUGGUCAGUGGCUCAGUAUUCCCAGAAGAUGCUGUUGGAACUGCGGAGAUACAACUACGUCACGCCCACCAACUACCUGGAACUCGUGUCUGGAUAUAAGAAGUUGCUGGGAGAAAAACGGCAGGAGCUGCUAGACCAAGCCAAUAAGCUGCGGACAGGCUUGUUCAAGAUCGAUGAAACUAGGGAAAAGGUGCAAGUGAUGUCGUUGGAGCUGGAGGAUGCCAAGAAGAAGGUGGCUGAGUUCCAGAAGCAGUGUGAGGAGUACCUGGUCAUCAUUGUGCAGCAGAAGCGGGAGGCGGAUGAGCAGCAGAAGGCCGUAACAGCCAAUAGUGAAAAGAUUGCAGUUGAGGAAAUCAAGUGUCAGGCCCUGGCUGACAAUGCCCAGAAAGAUCUAGAAGAGGCACUGCCCGCCCUGGAAGAGGCCAUGCGGGCCCUGGAGUCUCUGAACAAGAAGGAUAUAGGAGAGAUCAAGUCUUACGGACGGCCCCCAGCCCAAGUGGAGAUAGUGAUGCAGGCAGUUAUGAUUCUUCGAGGCAAUGAGCCCACGUGGGCAGAGGCCAAGAGGCAGCUAGGGGAACAGAACUUCAUCAAGUCACUGAUCAACUUUGAUAAAGACAAUAUCUCAGAUAAGGUUCUGAAGAAGAUUGGGGCCUACUGCGCCCAGCCUGACUUCCAGCCUGAUAUCAUUGGCCGCGUCUCCCUGGCUGCCAAGUCCCUCUGCAUGUGGGUGCGGGCCAUGGAGCUGUAUGGACGGCUGUAUCGGGUGGUGGAGCCCAAGCGGAUCCGGAUGAACGCUGCCUUGGCUCAGCUUCGGGAGAAGCAAGCCGCGCUUGCUGAGGCCCAGGAGAAGCUGCGGGAGGUAGCUGAGAAACUGGAGAUGCUGAAGAAACAGUAUGACGAGAAGCUGGCACAGAAGGAGGAGCUUCGCAAGAAGUCUGAAGAGAUGGAGCUGAAGCUGGAGCGAGCUGGGAUGCUGGUGUCAGGGUUGGCUGGCGAGAAGGCCAGAUGGGAGGAGACAGUCCAGGGCCUGGAUGAGGACCUGGGCUACCUGGUGGGGGACUGUCUCCUGGCAGCUGCCUUCCUCUCCUACAUGGGACCCUUCCUGACCAACUACCGGGAUGAGAUUGUCAACCUGAUCUGGAUCAGGAAGAUCUGGGAGCUUCAGGUUCCUUGCUCCCCUUCCUUCGCCAUUGAGAACUUCCUGUCCAAUCCUACCAAAGUCCGGGACUGGAACAUCCAGGGGUUGCCCUCUGACGCCUUCUCCACUGAGAAUGGCAUCAUUGUCACCCGAGGCAAUAGGUGGGCACUGAUGAUCGACCCUCAGGCCCAGGCCCUGAAAUGGAUUAAGAACAUGGAAGGAAGCCAGGGCCUGAAGAUCAUCGACCUGCAGAUGAGCGAUUAUCUUCGAAUUCUAGAAAAUGCCAUUCAGUUUGGAUACCCGGUGCUUCUUCAGAACGUGCCGGAAUAUCUGGACCCCACACUCAAUCCCGUGCUCAACAAAUCUGUAGCCCGAAUUGGCGGUCGGCUGCUGAUGCGUCUUGGCGAUAAGGAGGUGGAAUAUAAUACCAAUUUCCGUUUCUACAUCACCACCAAGCUCUCCAACCCCCACUACAGCCCAGAGACCUCAGCCAAGACCACCAUCGUCAACUUUGCUGUUAAAGAACAGGGCCUGGAGGCCCAGCUGCUGGGCAUUGUGGUGCGGAAGGAGCGGCCUGAGCUAGAGGAGCAGAAGGACUCACUGGUCAUCAACAUUGCGGCUGGCAAGAGGAAGCUCAAGGAGCUGGAGGAUGAGAUCCUGCGGCUGCUGAAUGAGGCCACCGGCUCCCUGCUAGAUGAUGUGCAGCUGGUAAACACGCUGCAGACCUCCAAGAUAACGGCCAAAGAGGUGACUGAGCAGCUGGAGACCAGUGAGACCACAGAGAUCAACAUCGACCUGGCUCGGGAGGCUUAUCGCCCAUGUGCCCAGCGGGCAUCAGUCCUGUUCUUCGUGCUCAAUGACAUGGGCUGCAUCGACCCCAUGUACCAGUUCUCACUGGAUGCCUACAUCAGCCUCUUCAUCCUCAGCAUUGACAAAAGCCACCGCAGCACUAAGCUGGAGGACCGCAUUGACUACCUGAACGACUACCAUACCUACGCUGUCUACAGGUACACCUGCCGUACCCUUUUUGAACGCCACAAACUACUAUUCAGUUUUCAUAUGUGUGCCAAAAUCUUGGAGACUUCUGGCAAGCUCAACAUGGAUGAAUACAACUUCUUUCUACGUGGGGGUGUGGUCCUGGAUCGGGAGGGCCAAAUGGACAACCCGUGUACUAGCUGGCUUGCAGAUGCCUACUGGGAUAACAUCACAGAGCUGGACAAACUGACCAAUUUCCAUGGACUCAUGAACUCCUUUGAGCAGUACCCUCGCGACUGGCACCUGUGGUAUACCAAUGCUGCCCCGGAGAAGGCAAUGCUGCCAGGUGAGUGGGAAAAUGCCUGCAAUGAAAUGCAACGGAUGCUGAUCGUCCGCUCUCUGCGCCAGGACCGCGUGGCCUUCUGCGUGACCUCCUUCAUUGUCACCAACCUUGGCUCCCGCUUCAUCGAGCCGCCUGUGCUGAAUAUGAAGCUGGUGAUGGAGGAUUCAACCCCACGAUCCCCACUUGUGUUCAUCCUGUCCCCGGGUGUGGACCCCACCAGCGCCCUGCUCCAGCUGGCAGAGCACACAGGCAUGGCCCAACGCUUCCACGCCCUGUCCCUGGGCCAGGGCCAGGCCCCCAUCGCUGCUCGACUUCUCCGAGAGGGUGUGACUCAGGGACACUGGGUGUUCCUGGCAAACUGCCAUCUGUCACUGUCUUGGAUGCCUAACCUGGACAAGCUGGUGGAGCAGCUGCAGGUGGAGGAUCCUCAUCCAUCCUUCCGUCUCUGGCUCAGCUCCAGCCCCCACCCAGACUUCCCUAUCUCAAUCUUGCAGGCCAGCAUCAAGAUGACCACAGAGCCACCAAAGGGCCUAAAGGCCAAUAUGACACGUCUUUACCAACUGAUGACAGAACCACAGUUUACCCGCUGCUCCAAACCUGCCAAAUAUAAGAAGCUGUUGUUUGCACUUUGUUUCUUCCACUCUGUAUUACUUGAACGCAAAAAGUUCCUGCAGCUUGGCUGGAACAUUAUCUAUGGCUUCAAUGACUCCGACUUUGAGGUGUCAGAGAACUUGCUGAGCCUCUAUCUGGAUGAGUACGAGGAGACACCUUGGGAUGCACUCAAGUACCUCAUUGCCGGCGUCAACUAUGGUGGACAUGUCACAGAUGACUGGGACCGGCGCCUGCUGACCACCUACAUCAAUGACUAUUUCUGUGACCAGUCUUUAUCAACUCCCUUCUACCGGUUGUCAGCACUAGAGACUUAUUUCAUCCCCAAGGAUGGGAGCCUGGCCUCUUACAAGGAAUACAUCAGCUUAUUGCCUGGCAUGGACCCCCCUGAGGCCUUUGGCCAGCACCCCAAUGCUGAUGUGGCCUCCCAGAUCACUGAGGCACGAACCCUCUUUGAUACUUUGCUUUCCUUGCAACCUCAGAUUACACCCAUCAGGGCUGGAGGCCAGACACGGGAAGAGAAGGUCCUUGAGUUGGCUGCUGAUGUGAAGCAGAAGAUCCCUGAAAUGAUCGACUAUGAGGGGACCCGAAAACUGCUAGCUCUUGACCCCUCCCCCCUCAAUGUGGUCCUUCUGCAGGAGAUCCAAAGAUACAACAAGCUGAUGCAGACCAUCCUGUUCUCACUGACAGACCUAGAGAAAGGCAUCCAGGGCCUCAUUGUCAUGUCUACAAGCCUGGAAGAGAUUUUCAAUUGCAUCUUUGAUGCCCACGUUCCUCCACUCUGGGGAAAGGCAUACCCCUCACAAAAGCCAUUGGCUGCUUGGACACGGGACUUGGCCAUGCGUGUGGAGCAGUUUGAGCUGUGGGCCAGCCGGGCCCGGCCUCCUGUCAUCUUCUGGCUGUCUGGUUUCACCUUUCCCACUGGCUUCCUCACUGCUGUGCUGCAGUCUUCCGCUCGCCAAAACAACAUUUCAGUGGACAGCCUCUCCUGGGAGUUUAUCGUCUCCACUGUGGAUGACAGCAACCUAGUGUAUCCACCCAAGGAUGGUGUCUGGGUUCGGGGCCUGUACCUGGAAGGUGCUGGCUGGGACCGGAAGAACUCCUGCUUGGCGGAGGCAGAGCCCAUGCAGCUUGUCUGCCUCAUGCCUACGAUCCACUUCCGGCCUGCAGAGAGUCGCAAGAAGAGCGCCAAGGGCAUGUACUCCUGUCCCUGUUAUUACUAUCCCAACCGGGCAGGCAGCUCAGACCGAGCCUCCUUUGUCAUUGGCAUCGACCUGCGGUCUGGGGCUAUGACGUCUGAUCAUUGGAUCAAGAGGGGCACUGCUCUACUCAUGAGCCUGGACAGCUGAGACCUCCUUGUCUUCUCCACUUGACAGAGGGUCGGGGACUCCAGGAGCUAAGACAGAUAUUGCACCUAGGACUGAGGCUGGACUGACCUCAGACUUUGACCUUGGUCGAAUUUGUGUGAUGUAGCCCUGGAGAUACCUAGUUGUGCUAGCCAUAAAAGUGAAAGCGUUGUAUUGGA